AGCACAGCUUCCGCCUUCCUGCCACCGCUGCCUGAUGGGAUGCUGCUGGAGGAAUGUUUGAGGCGGGCUCUUUGGGGGGGACCCAGGUGGUGGGACACAGGGACAUCGUCCUCGGUCCGCUAGUCCUUAUCGCCACGGCUUUACAACACAUCAGCAUUACCUGCUGCUGAGCCAUUUUUGUGCACAGCGAUCGACGGACGGAGCAGCUGGUUCUGACCUCUCUGCUCCCGCCGGCUACAAAAGAAGAAGAAGCAGCAGCUAGCCGCAAGUUCCCAGAUGGCAGCUUUCCCACUAAAGUUCACCAUGAAAACAGCAAUGUUUUUGCUCCUGGUCGCCGCCAUCUGCGCCUGUGGACUCGCUCAGGAUGAAGAGCAUGCUGCGGAGGAGCUGCAGGUGGAGACGUUGGUGAAGCCCGAAACUUGCUCCGCGCCCUCUAAAAUAGGAGACACGCUUCAAAUCCACUACACAGGGAAACUGAUGGAUGGGAAGGUGAUCGACUCAUCACUGUCCAGGGAUCCUCUCGUUGUCGAGCUGGGCAAGAGGACGGUUAUUGCUGGUCUGGAGCAAAGCUUGAUUGGUGUGUGUGAAGGGCAAAAAAUCAGAGCCACUAUUCCUUCUCAUCUUGCUUAUGGAAAAAAAGGUUACCCCCCUACAAUUCCAGGUGACGCCGUUCUGCAGUUCGAUGUGGAGGUGAUCUCACUAUCACAACAGACGCCGUGGCAGAAGAUGAUCAACGAUGUGUUCCCUCUCAUGUGUUUGGCCCUGGUGCCCGCUCUGCUCGGCUUGGUGGGGCUUUACCUCUACAAAAAGGCCAGCGCCGAGAAGCCGAGCAAAAAGAAGGCCAAAGAUAAGAAGAGCAAGAAGAAAUAAGGACAAGGCACAAAAUUCAAUAAACUUUUUAAAUGAC